AUGGCGCCCAUAUCCACAGACCUUGAUUUCUUGAACGAUGCGCUGAAGAAUAAAACACGACUUCCAUAUGUUGUCAGAUCAUGGAAAUCAACCUUUGCCCGCCUCACAUCCCCAAAUCGACCCUCACAAGCAACAAUAAGCUCCCUCACCGCCUUCCUCACUUCACCAAUCUCCAUUGACAGUCUCGCGCAAUGCUACUCCCCCUUCCCCCGCCCCAGCGCUGCGUCAAAGGCGGAUUUUGAACGCCGCACCGCCGCCAUAAACUUCACAGCGGCAGACCUGCCCAUGCCAGGGAUCGCAGAGCUUAAAGAUGCUGCGCUGGAGCUUUCAAGGAGCUUAGAGAUUGACGAGGUCUCGGCGCUGCGUAUCGUGGUUCUUGAGUACCAGUCGCGGCCUGCGGGUGCUCUGCUUGCGUCCGAUGCGAAUAGCGGGGAGGAUGCGCCUGGUUCCCUUCCUAACCAGGUGGAGAAGCCGGUGAUGAGCAAGGAUGAGGAGUUUUUCAGCAGGGUCAGUGUGUAUAUGAGCGAGCGGCGAUAUAUCAUCAAGACUGCUACAUUCUUGGUGAGAGCUGCCAUAACGGCAGAUCGGAAGGAUAAUGUCUGGAGGGAGGUGGGCAAGCGAUUUGAGGUUGAGGGUAUUGUGGAGAAAGGCGGGUUGGCGGGGAAAUGCAUUGAUGGAAUUGCAGAAAGAUGGAAUGAGGGACGAAAGGGAGGGGAAGGGCUACCAAAUUGGGUGAGGAGCAGGUUAGAGGGAAGCGUUUAUCCAAUUGCGUAUAAGUGGGAGCAACAGACACUAUGGGAGAUUCUCCACCUUCUCCAACUCAUUUUUGUUCUCCUGUAUAAAUCACUGGAGGAUUCCAGUGUGACGCUAGUAAUCAAAUGGUUCGAUCUUAUGAAAGAAACCGCCUUUCUUUCACACAGAACAUAUGUACCUUUCCCAGAAGCAUUCGAAAUAAUCAAUCUUUAUAAAUUUACGACCCCUCUCACAUCCAUAAUCUCAACAACUAUCCUCCAGCACCCCAGAACCGAAAAGCAUCUCCAGAAGGAAUACGUCCGUACCUUCUCCGCCGAAUCUUCAGCCACCCCACCAGCACAUGGCCCUGCCCGCCGCGUACCACCUCCUGCAGACGAUAGUAGCUUCUAUAUUGAAAGCCCCAAGGCAAUUAAAGCAGUUACCUCGUGUUUUGUAACAACAAGCUCAGCCCCAGGCGCUGCAGUCCCUGCUCUUGCUUGGUCACUCAUUGUCCUCGACAUAAUUUCCUUUGUGAAUGCUGCCUCGCAGGAAGAGGAUUCGGACCCAUUCAGCAAUGCAUCAGCCGGGAGAGGUGAACGACACCCCACGGUUGAGCUGUAUGAGAACGUUCUCUCAGGGCUGUUUGAAGGCAGCGCAGAGAAGGAAAUUAAGAGACUCGCAAACAGCACUGUGAGGGAUGCUCUAGAGGCGAUAGUACUAAUGAUCGAGCCUUCCGGUACUAUUGGUGAAGCCUUCUUGGGUGCCAAGUUCUGGAUUGGCAGCGAGGAAGAUGGAUAUCGGAUGAAAAACGUGCUUGCAUCACUUGUUCGGAAGGCGCUGCCAGAUCUUAAUAUCUCCGGAGAAGUGCUCAUGACAGUACUAUUGGUACAUGAGUUGCAGUAUAAUGAUCUUGCUUCCUAUAUCCGCUUCCUCGAUGACGAGGCUGAGAAGGGCGGUGAUGACUCAACAGGAUGGACUAGCUCUGCAGCUGGGCGCUUUAUGAAACAUGGUGAAGCAAUGAGGUUCCUGAGGCGUACGAAGAAUAGGUUUCCAUAUGAACCUAUACUCUUUUUGAGGCUUAUUCGCGCACUGGCCUUGGAGAGCGGCGAGGUAACAAAGGAUCUGGUCAAAAUGGAUACCUAUACUCAAGUCUUGCCUCCAGGCUUUGAGGAUUAUGAUGUUGAUAAUGAGGAUAGCGACAUUGGGAGAAUACAGCUUACAAGUGACUUGCUAGUGUUUGCCCCCCGCGACGAAGGCGUGUUUGAGGAUGAGUAUGCACCCCGAGGAGGCAUUGUAAUACCCGCAGGGACCAUUGGAGAAAUCACAUCCACGGGGGGCGGCAGGCUUGUCGUUGCAUGGAAACAUGAAUAUAAUGCGCUCCCGUUACUCGGUAGAGUGCUGGAAUAUGCACUUAUCGGCGAAGGUUCUGCCUCCGGAGCUGGGAGGCUCAUGGCGGGAGAACUAGGGACGGGCGAGACUGCAACCGAGAUAAUUAGCUUGUUGACAAUGCUUAUUGCGUCUGGGACUGCGAGACCUGAUAAAGCUGCUGAGGGCUUUGAUGUUGCACGGAUUCUCGAGGAGGCAAGCGAUAAUGUUGGAAGAAGUCGCGACGUAGUCUCAAUUAUAUUUGAUCUCCUCGAAGCCGGAUUACAGGCCACUGCUCAAUCGAGCAAUACCGGCAAAUCAACAGAAUUCAUCGUAGCCGCCCUGCAGUUCGUUGAUGCGCUUAUUAAGGUUCUCCCCGGACGAGUAUGGCCAUUUAUUGCACGGAGUACCAUUCUCGAACGAAAUGGUCGUGGGGGUGCCUUUGUGAGUAUUUUGUCGGCAGUGGAGGUUGUGCGUGGUGAUUAUGAAUUCACUAUCAAUUGCCUGAAUUUGUUCGAGCACCUCGUUGAAGAGGCAAUCGAGAGCAGUGUUGUGAACAUGGGUGGAAGCCGUUCUCUCCAGCUUGCAUCGAUGGCUGCGAGUACUACCACAAGAUCCGGGGUUAGCAUGCCGGUCCAGAGAGAGAUCUUGACUAGCUGGACCAGGGUCACUGUUGAUGUAUUCGAGAGUUACAGAGGAUGGAAAUAUGUCAAUAAUGAACAGAGAUUAGAUAUUGGUCGACGUAUUGCCAGGAUAUUCUCAGCGAUUCUUCUCCAGGUCUACGGCGUUGAUGACUCAACGGAUAUCAGCACGAAAGUCACACAUGUCUUGGGACCUAGCGCUGAACACCUUGUAAAGGUUUUCCUUUCAGAAAGUGAGAGUGACCUCCAUAUGGAACCAAUCAUUGGCGCCAUUCACGACGGGCUUAUGACCCCUGAGACAAGCUUGCAUUUGAGAUCUUUGAAUGGAUGGAUCGAGCAUAACAUCGCGAUAAUAGGAUUCGCAGAGGUUUGUAUCAGGGUUAGAGGGUACCUAGAUCUACCCCCUUCAUAUCUGGAGAUGAAAAUUUACGGUGUCUCUGCAUCUUUGGCAAAACUUUAUGCUACACAUGAUCGGUAUAGACAGCCUGUUCUCGAGCUCUUUGAGAGUCUUGUUGUUGCGUCUGGCACAGCGACUACUGAACCCCCAUCUUUGUUGGGUCAUCUUGGAGCAGAGUGUGCAAGCCAUUUUGCCACAGUAUUAAGAGGCCUUGACAAGCCAUUCGACGAUGAACUCCUUGAAUCACGGAUAUGGGGCUUUGUGUCUGCUGUUGUCAGCAACAAACAGCAAGGACUUUCUAUACUGCUGCUGCGCGGCGAGACCCUCUGGAAGGGAAAUCUCAGUACCCGGGAUAAAGCUCCAAAGAGUUCUCUGUUAUCAGUUGCGCUGGACUCAUUGUCAGACAUUGAUAAAUUAUCUGCUGGAAGAUCAUUGGCCAUGCUUGAAGCUGUUGCCCUCUCGCAGAAUUUCUGGAGUCUUGCCAUGGAGGACUUAGGCAAACACCCGAAGUUUAUCAAAGCCAUCACAAGCCAUGUCGAGUCGCUAACAAUUGAAUUCCUCCCCGCGGAUUCAAAAGAGAUCAUCACGGAAAAAGCCAACAAAGUUGCUGUUGCUGCAUGCAUAGCACAACUCAUUGCGAUGCAUCUUCAUAGCAGGCAACCAUCUAGUGCGGUCAAGAUUAGUGGUUAUAGGGCGUCGCUGCACGGACAUUUGCAGAAGAAUUUUGAAGAGAAAUGGCCAAGUCUAACUUUGCUGAAGCUGAAAAAGACAAGAUUAAGGAGACGAGAGUACGGAACGGGAUACUUUUAUGACAUGGAGUUGGCGGCGAAGGUUUUAGGUUUUGAUCCGAGCUGGGCUGGGAGAGCGGAUGGUUACGCUAGUGAGGUGGAGCAGGCAAAUCUAAACCUGUCUCUGGUCGAUUCCCAGGUGGUUCUCUUACGAGCAUGGCAACUAUUGGCCAUGGAGUUGUGUGAUUUUGUUUCAACCACAAAGGAGUUAGAACAACCCUUAAUAGAUCUUGUGGAGAGCUGUUUGGCGGCAAAUAUCGAGUCUGGUUUUCGAACACCAAUAUUUACCAAAAUCAUCUGCGAGCGGGCAGAGUUUGCGUUUGUUAUCAUGCGCAGGCUCCAACAAUCCAUAUCCACAGCCAAUUCUGCAAGCCACUUCGAUCGUAUCUUAGGGCUCGCAUGGAAAUCCAUUCAAUCUUCAAGUUCAGAGUUUAGACAAUCUCUUGCGACUGCGAAUGUUAGCUAUUACCGAUCAUUACUGCGGAUCCUUUAUAUUGCACUCUACUCAAAUUCCACCAAGGAACAACUGUCAACAGCGAUGGCAUACACUAUUCUUGACAUUCUGAACCUGGUUGUUACCAAGGGCUUCAAAGAUCUUGCAACGGCUGCCCAUGAUUAUCCCGAGACUACGAAUCCCGACGACAUCGCGCUCAUUACGGCGAUACUGCAAGCUGCCUUAAAGCUGAAGGGAAUGGAGGUAGUCCACAGCGGAUUAGGCAUCCACAUUCACGAAAAUGGCACAAUCAGAGUCGCUACCACGCUCUUUUCAUGGUCAGAACAGUUGGCAAUCGACGGCGACCCUGUGUAUGGAGAACUGAGUGCUCUGUUUCUUCUUGAACUAUCUUCGGUGCAAAUUAUCGCUGAACAACUUGCGGUUGAGGGGAUACUUGAACUUUUAGUCAACAGCUCCCUGUCAAACAAGAUCCGCCAAGGUGUAUCGCCAACUUCCGAUCCAAGAUUAUACGCAAUCUGGAAUAGAGGGCUGCUGCCUAUUACCCUCAAUCUCCUUACUCAUAUCGGGCCGAGGAUCGCUAGGGAAGUUGUAGCAUUCUUGCAGUUCUUUGGACCACAACUAGAAAAUGCCGUUAGUGCAUGGCAAAGUCACACCAUGGUAACUCUAUCGGCCGUUAACGAGGCUACAACGAUUGUGAUGCUCAUGACAAUAUUGGCAAGAAUGGGUGUUAAGGUAGACUCAGAGGGAAGCGGGCAAGGACUUAAGUUCGACAAGGCAACGCUUUGCGAGCAGGUGGAUUAUCUUCUUACCCACAAGACCUUCCUCAAGACACUUAUCAUGCCGACAAAUCUGGAGGAAGAGGAAAUGAUGAAGAGAGGAGACGCAGAGGAUAACGAGCUGACCGAGAAGGUCUUGAAUGACAUGGCGAUAUUACAAGGGCUUCUAUCGGAUGAUGAAGCAGAGGAGUAG